AUGAAAACACUCGGGUUGAUCGGCGGAAUGAGUUGGGAGUCAACUACGACUUAUUACCAAGAAAUCAAUCGCCGCGUGCGCGAAAUGCAAGGAGGUCUUCACUCAGCACAAUGCAUCGUAUUUUCCUUUGACUUUGCCAAGAUUGAGGCCCUUCAGCAUCAAGGCAAAUGGGAUGAAGCGGGCGAAAUGCUUAAUGAUGCAGCCACCAAGCUUAGCCUCGCUAGUGCCGACGCCCUGGUUCUAUGCACAAAUACGAUGCACUUUGUCUCUUACGGCAUCGAAUCUGCCUCGCAAUUACCUCUCAUUCACAUCGUCGACCCAACAGCUACAGAAAUUAUAAAAGCGGGCUUUAAAUCCGUCGGUCUUCUUGGAACGCGUUUCACUAUGGAGAAGGAUUUCUAUAAAUCACGAUUGAGCGAUAAGUUUGGGCUACAUGUCAUCAUUCCGGAUGACGAAGACAGGGAGACUGUGCAUGAUAUCAUAUACAAAGAACUCUGCAACAGAAUCAUCAAGGCCGAGUCACGCGAAGCAUACCAUAGAAUUAUUGGCAAGCUUAAAUCUAGUGGCGCUGACUGCUUGAUCAUGGGAUGCACAGAGAUUGGACUCUUGGUCGACGAGGCUGGAAGUGAGCUGCCGAUAUUUGACACUGCAAAGAUUCAUGCAGUUGCUGCUGCGGACUGGGCCAUGGGCGGAUAA